AUGGCAAAUUUAGCAAUCCCAUGUACUAAAUGUGCUAGUAAAGGUGUUGGUAUAUUUAAAUGUCAAGGAUGUUCUAAUGUAUUUUGUCGAAAACAUGCUAGUGAACAUCGUGAUAAUCUUAGUCAUCAAUUGGAUGAACUUGUUUCUGAACAUGAUCAACUUUAUCAAUUAAUUAAUCAAGAAAAUAAUGGAUAUUAUACAUUAAUUAAUCAAAUUGAUCAAUGGGAAAAAAAUUCCAUAAUUAAAAUUCAACAAGUUGCACAAAAUAUUCGACAAGACAUUGUUCAAUAUAUAAAAUCACAAAAAGAAAAUGCUUCUGAAACAUUAAAAUAUUUCUCUCAACGUCUUCGUAAAGCUCGUGAAGAAGAUGAUUAUAUUGAAAAUGAUCUUCAUUUAUGGUCAUUAAAAUUAGAAAAUAUUAAAAAAGAUCUUACAACUAUGAAUUCAUCUAUAAUACUUCGUGAAGAUCUAAAAGAUACAUUGAUUGCUAAUGUAUAUUUAUCAUCAAUAAAACAACAAAUACUUACAAAUGAAAAUUUUUUACGAUCAGUUGGCGAUAUUUAUAUUGAAGAUAAUGGUCAAUUAGCAGUGCAUGGUGAUCAAAAACGAAGUGAUGCUUUUUUAUGUGGUAAAAAUGAAUAUAUACGUGGUAAACAUAAAAUACGUUUUAUUAUCAAUAAAAAAAAUUCCGAUUAUAUAACAACAUUUGGUAUAGCAUCGAUAGAAUCACAAUUAUCUGUAUAUGGUUGGAGUAGUGAUGAUCAAACAGUUGGUGGUGGAUAUUCACAAUCAAAAAAUGCAUUUAAUCAACGUGAUAUGAAAGGUGAAACAAUAUUACAAAUAGAAUUCGUAAUUGAUUGUGAUAAUAGAAAAAUUUCGUAUUUUAAUGAACGUACAAGAUGUACAAAAGAAAUGAAUGUUGACCUUGAUUUAUGUCCAUUUCCUUGGCAACUUUAUUUUUAUUUAUAUGAUACAGGUGAUCGUGUUCGACUUUUAACAUCAAAUCGAAUAUAA